GCCCUGCAGCUCAGCAGCCGCCAGCAGCAGAUGUUUCUCUCUCCGGUCGCUGCUUCUCACAUCAACAGGUCGCCGUUUUUUGAAUUUCUGCGUCUUGAACUUUUUUUUCGACACAGCUGGAGUGCCUUUCUUUUAAAUUAAAUCCCCUGCAUCUGCUGUUUCAUCGCUCGACUUUGAGAAAACAGAAACUAUCGGAUCAGAGAGGCCAGAUUAAUGCUGCUCUCAUAUAGUGGGACGACCCGUUGCGUACUCGUUGAGGUCUCUCUCUCCACACAGGUGUGAGCACAGCUGUCCAGUGAUUGAAAUGUCAUCAAAAAUGCAAAGCUCCAGCAGCACAGCUCUGGCCAGGCGGACGGUGCAGCAGCUGAGGAUAGAGGCCAGCAUCGAGAGGAUAAAGGUGUCCAAAGCUUCAUCGGACCUGAUGCGAUAUUGUGGAGAACAUGCCAAGUAUGACCCGCUUCUGAUGGGCGUCCCUGCUUCAGAAAACCCUUUCAAGGACAAGAAGCCCUGCACAGUUUUGUAGGAGAGCUCCUGAACUUUCUGUUUUUAGUCUUCUCUGGAAGAAAGCUGACUCACAACUUCUCAUAAGGCCAGUAUCCCCACCUAACUUUUUUCCCAUGCUCGCUGUCGUUCAAGAAAUGUAAUCUUUUCUGCCUAACACGGCAGUAACACCAAAGAUCAGAGCAGAAUUCUGAAACUGUGCUGUUUGAUCAGAGUCUGAGUGCAAACACAAAUGAUUAAAGGGUUGUCUCGAGAUUCAGUGGUUACUUGAUGAUACACCAAACUGAAUGGAUCUGUGGCCAUUGAUGGCAGAGAUCCACACUCUCUUUUUGUCACAUUCAAGGGUCAACCUCCUUUGUUAAAAACUAAAGCACAUGCUGCUGUCUCGAUCAUCCACUUGAUUCUGGCUGCAAAAGCCAAAGAAUCCCCCGUAGGUCCCAUGUUAAACUGUCAAUUUUUACUGCAGAUAUAAACAUGUUUACUGGCUGGUUAAAAAAAAAAAGUUUUGUUCAGAAAAGCUAAUUUCUGUUCUGGUAAAAACUGUACUGGGAAUGCAUUUUAUAGCUCAUCCCUUUUUAAAAUAAUAUUUAGGCCAAAAGUGUUUCAUACAUUUCCAAAAUUAGGGGCAUGCUGAGUUGCCCCGAGUUGGUCAAAGAGUACGAUGACAAGUUCCCUCAUUGGCUCGGCUGGAUUCAAGCCUUCUGCUUUACAUGUAGCCUUCACAAAGCUUCAGGAAACAGUUGUAGAGGACAUGAGAUAACAAUAUAUUGUCUGACAUGUAAAAACAAAAGGUUUUGUCAGGUGCCACUCAUUGUUCUCGUCUCGUUGUUCUGUUACUGCACCUUUAAAUGUAACCUUGUAGACAAAACCAUUCACUUUAAUUGGAUUUAAAGAAAUUUGAAAGUUCUUGAAAAAGAAAAAGGAUUAUAUUAUUCACCUGUAUAGUCCAAUUGGGUUAGAACAAGUUGACUGAAUAUUUAAUUUACUGUUUUAUUCCCAGCUGGCUGUAUUCCCAUUUAAUGACCGACAGAUGAAACUUAUUUUGAAUUAACGCCGUGCAAAGCUGAUGAAAUGUAUAGUGACGUUUCGGUAUCAGAGAAGUUGAGAUCUCAUGAUGUUUACCUGUGCCUUCAAAUCUUACGUCAAAAACUUUAACAAGUAUUAUCAUGAGGUAUUCACAGCUGACUCAAGGAUUCAAGACCACUCUGUGCCAUUUUAUCAGAUCCAUGUAUUUAAAGUCAUAGUUCCAUUUUCAAUGUACAAAAUGUUGUAACAUUCUUUUUGCUUCCUUUUUCUUUUCUUUUUUUAUUUGCUCUUCACACAAAGUGACUGUGACUCUCUGGAGUUAUAAACCUUACAUGUUUUCAGCUACACCUAAACAUACUUUAAGUUUCUAUAUGAAGUGUGUACCUGUUGGUGUGUAGAUGGGACGUCAUUCCUGUGUUGCUCAGCUUAUUUUGUGAUUUUAACCAGCAGGAGCCUUAACGAUGAAGGGAUGGAGCUUCAAUCUCUCCACUUUCCUUUUAGUCACAUAAGUGCUGUUUGAUUACUAAUACUGUGAAUCUAUGAACCCCUCUAUGUGAGGGUGUGUAGCUAACCUUAGGCUUUUAACUGUGUGUGUGACAUCAUUUUAACAAUUGGAUCUUUGUUAAUGAAUAAAAAUAUCCAAAUAAAAUAAUUUAGUAGUGUACAUCCAUUAAACACA